AUGGGCGAGAGAAAAGUCACUACAACGCAGCCUGGUAUUUCCCCCUCCAACAACACGAGUUUUCACCGUGGCACAGUUGAAUCUCGUGCCAUGGCAGCCAAAACAGCAGACGAGCUGUCCAAGCUCGCUCUCAACGGCAGCGCUGCCCCCGCGGCCAACUCUCCGGCCCACGGCACCAACGGCGUAAACGGCCAUCUCUCAGACCAGGACGACUCCGACGACGACGAUGCGACUGCACCUGGCACCGGAAACACAGCAACCGGUGCGGCAAAAAAGAAGAAGAAGAAGAAGCCAAAGAAGAAGAAGACCACUCCCAAAGUACAGUCCGACCCUCCGCGCGUCCUCUUGAGCCAACUCUUCCCCAACGGCUACCCGGUUGGCGAAGAGGUCGAAUACAAGAACGACAAUGCUUACCGUACGACGAACGAGGAGAAGCGCCAUCUGGAUCGUAUCAACAACGACUUCUUGCAGGAGUACCGACAGGGCGCUGAGGUCCACCGCCAGGUGCGCAAAUGGGCGCAGGCCAACAUCAAGCCGGGUAUGACCUUGACGGAAAUUGCGGAGGGCAUUGAGGACGGCACCCGUGCGCUCACAGGGCACUGGGGUCUCGAAGAAGGCGAUAAUAUCAAAGGUGGUGUUGGCUUUCCCACCGGAUUGAGCAUCAAUCAUAUUGCAGCGCAUUACACACCGAACGCAGGAAACAAGUGGGUGCUCGGCGAGCAAGAUGUCAUGAAGGUGGAUUUCGGUGUGCACGUAAACGGACGGAUCGUGGACUCGGCAUUCACCAUGACUUUUGAUCCCAAGUACGACAAUCUCCUAGCGGCGGUCAAGGAUGCGACGAACACCGGCAUUCGUGAGGCCGGAAUCGACGUGCGCGUUUGUGAUAUCGGCGCCGCCAUCCAAGAAGCUAUGGAAUCCUACGAAGUCGAGCUUGACGGGAAAACCUACCCUGUCAAGGCCAUCCGAAACCUGAACGGCCACGACAUCGUGCAGCACAGUAUUCACGGUGGGAAGAGUGUGCCCAUCGUGAAAGGUGGUGAUCAAACCAAGAUGGAAGAAGGGGAGAUUUUUGCAAUCGAAACAUUCGGCAGUACUGGGCGUGGCUAUGUUGUGGAUGACCUGGAAGUUUCACACUAUGCUCUGCGAUCCGAUGCUCCGAACACUGCCCUGCGCGUGCAAAGCGCGAGAUCGCUAUUGAAUGUCAUCAAGAAGAAUUUUGGAACGCUCCCUUGGUGUCGUCGGUAUCUUGAUCGGCUUGGACAGGAGAAAUAUCUACUCGGAUUGAACAACUUGGUUCAGUCAGGCAUCGUUGAGGCUUACCCGCCUCUAGUGGACGUGAAGGGCAGCUACACCGCGCAGUUUGAGCAUACAAUCUUGCUCAGGCCAAAUGUCAAGGAAGUUGUCAGUCGUGGUGAUGAUUACUAG